AUUCGUUGCUGUUCCUCCUAAUUGGAUCAAGUGCAGACUUGUCUGGCUCUGUGCUUUGUGUUGAGAGUGAGAGAGGAGAGCGAUACCAGACAAAUGAGAGAGAGAGAGAGAGAGAGGGGAGGGGAGGGGUGUGUGGGCAAUCUUCACUCACAUCUCUGUUCAUCCUGCACGAGAGUCUUUAGCAACCGGCUUUUACUCUGCUCAGAGGAGUCAGGGCUUUGAUCCGACCGGCACCUGACGCUAUCGGAUGAUUCAGCCAUUUUCAGCUGCGGCUGGCAGAUUCAUGAAAGCCUGAACUUGCUCCCUCCUCCAGCCCUGCCCUCAGGUGAGUGCCGCACUCUCUCUCCGGACCUCUCUGCCUCGUUCUGAGGUGGGAUCCACCCUCGGGCUACCGCAUGCAUCUGUCUCUGGAGCGCAUGCCUUAUUUAUAGACGUUCUGCUGGUGUUGUUUCUGCCGCUCCGUUGGAGACCGUGAGAACAAACCUGGAUGAAAGAAAUUAGAGCCACGGAAGCACUUCCUCUUUAGUUACAAGGUUAGUCCGCUAAGCGUCGUGUCCAUCAGAGUCCCUUCCCCCUCGCUGGUCAUCUGAUAAUAGAUAGAACACUUCAUGAGGCAGCAUGCUUGACUCCGCUGCGCUAGAAAGACAUCUGGACAGCUGCAUUUGAAAGCUGGGACAACAGAGAGAUGAAGUCGGAGGCUACGGAGGACAUCUCGGCCGGACUCGCAUCUCAAGAGGCACUUUCAGAGGUCUUGUCCGAGGCAGCCGCAAAAGAGACGACCCAAGGUGAGCAGGAGGAGGAGAACCCAGGAGGGGACGGGGACAGCGACAGCACCGAGCACGGUUGUCCGGGAUGCUUGCCUUUAACUGUGUGCUGCGUCUGCCUAGAGCUUGAGCACGUGCGUAACUGCGUCCGCUCUGAAAAAAUUUGCAUCCUGCCCAUCCUGGCCUGCUUGCUGAGUCUGGCCCUCUGCACGGCCGGACUCAAGUGGGUCUUUGUGGAUAAGAUCUUUGAAUACGAGCCACCUAGCCACCUUGAUCUCAAGCGCAUCGGACAGGACCCUAAUUUAUAUCUAAAUACUUCGUCGUCAGUCUCGCCCCCCAACCUCACCUCCACCCCGACAACUCCAAACGUCCAAGGACAGCCAAACGUGUUCGUGGAGGGCGAAUCCACGGGCGGUCCAUUCGUGGCCCCCUCGCCUAAGGUGCUUGUUUUUACCUCCACCCCUUCAGUGACAAUUCGUACGAACCCUGCAUCUCCACCCAACCCCAAGAGCACCUUCAGACCGGCUAAGAAUGACACCCUAAUCCAAUAUCCGUCCCAAACUCUGGAAUCUAACGAUAUUAUUCCCAGAACCUCGGCCACCAGCACCACAACAUCGGCAAAGACCUCGAGUCACGUGACCCGCUGCAGCGAGAGCGAGAGGAACUACUGCGUGAACGGAGGAGAAUGCUUUACGCUGGAGGUCACACCCGGAAACAUCAGACGCCUCUGCAGGUGCCCCAAUGAGUUUACUGGUGAUCGCUGCCAAAACUACGUAAUGGCCAGUUUCUACAAACAUCUUGGGAUUGAAUUUAUGGAAGCUGAGGAGCUCUAUCAGAAACGUGUUUUGACAAUAACAGGCAUCUGCAUCGCUCUCCUAGUAGUUGGCAUCAUGUGUGUGGUGGCUUACUGCAAAACAAAAAAACAGAGGAAAAAGCUGCACGAUCGGCUGCGGCAGAGUUUACGAGAGCGCAACGCUGCGGCUAAAGGUCCUCCCAAUCCCCCGCCCGAAAAUCUGCAACUGGUCAAUCAUUAUAUGACAAACAGUGCCGUUCCUCCUCAUCUUCAUGCGAUGGAGAAAGAAGCAGAAACGUCUCUCUCUACAAAUGACUUCAUCACUUCAGUACAUCCGUCCACUUCUGUCACUAACUUCUCCAGCUCAUGCUGGAGUAAAACAGAGAGCGUGGAUUCUGACAGUCAUACGGUGACGGUGAACACAUCGGUGAAGAACUGCCGACACCAUGUUACACCCGUACAGAGAGGCCGUCUGAACGCUACUGGAGGUUCACAUCAGAACUCCAGAGAACCUCAGAUCUCCUGCAGUGAGAGGUACGUCCCAGCCAUAACAACACCCAUCCGCCUGUCACCCGUGGGGCCUCUGUCUCCUGUGACGCCCUCCUCGCCGCCUUCCGAGAUGUCGGCUCCUCUCUCCAGCCUGGCGACCUCCAUCCCUUCCAUGGCGACCAGUCCCUCCGGAGAGGACGAGCGCCCCCUGCUUUUCCGGACGCCGCCGAUCAUGCGUGACAAAUCGUCUUCGAACCAGGCCCGGAGGUCGGGCCACAAUCUCCGUAACUCUGCCCACUACAAUCACGGCCUCGACCUGCUGAGCCCUCCGGCCAGCCCUCUGCACAUCGAAGAGGACGGAGAGACCGAAAGCUCGCACAACCCCAGCGAAAGAACUCAACAGAUCGUCCGGGCGGCCGAAGAGUCGUCAGAGCCCGGCAGCGGCAGUAACUCGGCGAGCAGCAGCUCGGAAAGCGAGGACGAGGACACGCCGUUUCUCGGCUUGCAAAACCCGCUCAAGUCCGGCACCGCGGUUCUGGACGGGCUGGAGGGUAACAGAACUAACCCUGUACUACACCUGUCACCACAGGACCACCUGCAGAGCAGACUAACUAGUGUCAUGGUCAACCAAGAUCCUAUAGCCGUGUAAAACGAAACAGAUCACCACUAAACCUUUAUUUUCUAUAAUUAGGUAUUUGAGGAAAACUAUUUUAUUUUAGCGAAACAGAGACUUUUAUAAACUCGAUGUAUGAAAAAUGUGUUCAUGUUAUUAUGUUGUUAUUAUUAAAAGUGCCAUUCAUGUGUAGCUGAGGUCACAGUAUUUCAUUAGCAGAAUAAAUAUAAUCAAAAUGGUGCCUUUUCAUUUAAGUUGGGGAAAAGAAAACACGAUAAAAACUGCAUUAUGCCACUGGGCCAUAUAUUCACCACCAAAUAAAUACGUGUGUGUCUGAAAAAGAAACUCCACCAGCACUCCGUGUAGGAAUAGUAAACAAACCAAAUGGUCACUUUGGUAAAAAUGUUUAUUUUUAUUGAACCUGAUCAUUAUUGUAUUCCUACAUUGUGGCUGUAAAUCUGAAUGUAAGUAAGUCGAUCUACUGCUGCUCAUUAGAGUUUAUUAACACUUGCUAGAAAAGUGCUAAGAAAUACUAAAACUAUUCACAAAAUCAGCUAUAAGACAAACAUAAUCACAUUAUUGUGUUUUAUAUCAUCGUGUAUUUUGAUUUCGUCAUAUGACUGAAUAUAUGGCUCAUUGUAUCCAUCACAUUCAUUGGCUUUGGUGUAAAACUUAAAGCAGCAGUUGUUUGAAAAGUGCAAAUUGUUUCAUUCAGAAGAUGGAAAUAGAUUAUUCUUUUUUUUUAACAUUCAUCUUUUGUUAUCCAUGUAAACUGUUACAUUAUAUUCAGAGUGUUUCUAUUAUACGUUACGUUCAUGUGUGCGUCCAGUAUUUUACAUUCAGAUGAGGGCUCUGCUGUUUGCUUUCACAGAUUACUUACAUCAUUUCACCACCAUCUCUUCAGCUUGAUCUCAAUACAACACACACAUAUAUAAAUAUAUAUAACCUGGAGCAGUGAAUUUCUCUUCCAUUAAAAGAUUUUAUUUAUUUUCUUUAUUUAUUUGUUAUUUAUUUAUUUAUUAUCUGAUCUUGGCCUUAUGUAAUCUUUCAUUUAUAAUUCUAUAUUUUAAUAGCGAUGAUAUUACAAUGUUUGUUUUUCCAUCACUUAGUAAUAUUUCUGUGCAGCAUUCUGUCAUUCAAAACAAUAAAUGUUCACCUUGAAAAAAUGCUGAUUGUAAAUAAUAUAAAACAAGCUGAUGAACAGCCCGAGUCUUCAUGUAAAUAUCUUCAGAUGAUGAGCACCAUCAUGCUUACGUUUGUUAUGAGCAAUUUAUUUACUGUUUGCAUAAAAUUGUUUGCAGAAAUAUUCAAAUGAAGGCAUUUUCUCUGAAUGCAUCGAUGUUCGAGCGUUUUUGGAUUAUUGUUUGACCACCACACACUGCUCAUGAAUCAGAUGAACAGAUAACUGUCCGUAACCAAGAAGAAGAAGAUGAAUGUGUUGAUCUCAAAGCAUGAGGACAAACACAGGCAUGCCACAUACAAACAAGCUUGUUCAUCAUGACCACAGUCUAACUGAGAAAUAAUAAUGCUGCUCUUGUGUGACAAACUCUAUAAAAUGUCUGGACGAUACGUGUGAUAGCUUUACAUUGUGUUUCAUGUCUUUCUUUCACCUUCAGUGUUGCUUCACACUAAUUAGGUUUAAAAGACGUUUGAUCAAACUGAAAAACUUUGGUCAUUUACACUUGAGUUGCACUCGUUGUAAUGUAUGUCUUGUCUGCCUCUCGACCUAUACUUGUGAAAUCUGAAACAUAGGCAGUGAGUGGCGUGACCUGUGAUCUGUCAAGAAACUACAGUACACUCUUAAAAAUAAAGAUUCUUCACAGCGA